GUUCAAAAAAGCAGCGAGGGAAGGAGAGGACACCAAACAAAAUAGACUGUGACACAGACUUGCUUAAACCUGCUCCAGCAGUCGUCUCAGUUCGGAAUCAUUGACUGAAACAGCCUCUCGCCCUGAGGACCAUUGACCGAGCCUGAGGCAACAAGACAGCUGGUAACCAUGACGACCACAGAGACAAGUAAGGGACCGUGGCGCCGCAACAUUAAGGCCAGUCAGUCAGAUGACCCCUCCAGUGAUGUUGGGAGUCAGGGUGAGGUGCAGGAGGAAGAUCUGAGACAGUGGCAGAAACAUGCACAGAAGUUGAAGGUAAAAGUCCUGGAGCAGGUUCAGGAUCAGCUCAGUGAUGUUCUUGACAAAGUUCUGGCUGAGUCCAUCCAGCCCUUCACCAACAUUCAGCCGACUGCAAAUGGAAAGAUGCCAAAAAGAUCUCAGAAAAUGGAUGACGGCAAAGUGUUUAUGGACAGACCAUCACUGUUGGAUGAACUGUUUGAGAUCAAUCACAUCAGAACCAUCUACCACAUGUUCAUCGCCGUGCUGCUCAUCUUCUUCUUGAGCACGCUGGCUGUCGACUACAUUGACCAGGGCAGGUUGGUCUUGGAGUUUGACCUACUUUUCUAUGCCUUUGGGAAGCUGGGCACAGUCAUCCAGGCCUGGCUUGUGAUGUUUGUCUACACCCUGUUCGUUCCCUACUACUCCCUCGGGUUUUGGGGAUCAGUCUACCACGUCUUCCCCUCCAAACUGGGGCUUUCACUGGGGAUAGGGUUCAUCUUGUCUGCCGCACAGACCUGCGUUCUCGGACUGUUACCGAUCUACGUGGUUAUCAACCACGAGCUGCCACCAGCCUCACGGUUCAUUGUGAUACUGGAGCAGAUUCGAUUCGUGAUGAAGAGCUACUCCUUCAUCAGAGAAACUGCUCCCGCUAUAAUGAAGAAUACGCCAAAGGAAGGAGAAGCUCCCAAAUUCCCAACAUUAUCGAGUUACCUGUACUUCCUCUUCUGUCCUACACUCAUCUACAGGGAGUCGUACCCCCGAAACACCCACAUACGAUGGAAUUAUGUUGGUUGCACUCUCGCCAUGAUCUUGGGUUGCCUGUUUUACGGUUACUUCAUCCUCGUGCGCCUCUGUGUGCCCGUCUUCCGAUCGGAGACCAACCAGACAUUUACUAUUCGGACAAUGGUUCUUGCUGUUUUCCACUCAAUAUUACCAGGUAUUAUGCUCCUUCUGUUGUGUUUCUUUGCCUUUCUGCACUGCUGGCUCAACCUCUUUGGGGAGCUGCUGCGUUUCGCUGACAGAAUGUUCUACAAGGACUGGUGGAACUCUACAUCCUUUGCCAACUACUACCGUACCUGGAAUGUGGUGGUUCAUGACUGGCUGUAUUACUACGGAUACAGAGACUUCCUACUGCUGUCAAAGAGGAAAUUCCGAACAGCUGGCAUGCUUUCCGUCUUCAUUGUCUCUGCUGUCGUCCACGAGUACGCCUUGGCCCUGGGUUUGGGAUUCUUCUACCCUGUGAUGUUCUGCCUCUUUGCAGUAUUUGGAGUGGUGUUCAACUUCACCAUGAAUGACAAGCGCCAGAGCCCCGUGUUCAACGUCAUCAUGUGGGCGUGUCUCUUCCUUGGCCAGGGCGUGCAGGUGUGUCUGUACUGUCAGGAGUGGUACGCUCAAAUACACUGUCCACGGAAAGAGAAUACGUUUUGGGAGCUGGUGAUCCCUCGAUCCUGGUCCUGCAGCUACCAGUGAUGAAUCUGCUGCUGAAAAGACUGUAUUUCAAAAAAAACAACAAAAAAAAAACGUUUUUGUAUGUACAGUUGUCUGUAUAUUUUUAUUUGACCUCUGCCAAGGAGCUUAUGUUUUGUUUGUCUGUCUGAGAGCAGC